AUGAGUGAAUCCUAGCUUAUAGAAAAGCUUCAAUAAUAUGGUAGCAAGAAAGGAAAGUAUGAGAAUGAUCUAUUAAACUCCUCUCAAGAAUGCAGCUAUAAGAUUAGCACAAGUCCUAGAUUUCAUAAAUUUCAUCAAUCUCCCGUUAUUCAUCAAUCCCCUGCUAAUGUGUCAUCAUCUUUAGAGCAUUAUCCUUUUGAUAAGGAGGAAGUGCAGAUCAAAGAUCCUUAAGGUGAAAUACGCUUCUUGCUUAAUAUCAUAGAUUAAUUGUAAUAUGAUUUAUAGAUACAAUACAAUGAUAGUGAACUUAUUAAAUAGAAGUAUUAAGAAUUACAAUAUUAAGUUCAAAAAAUGAAGAGCAAUGUCUUCAAAGAGUAAGAAUAAUAUGAAACAAAGCAAUACUGUGAUUAAUUAGAAAGAUAAAACAAAUAGUUAAAUAACGAGAAUAACACAUUGAAAAAAAAUUAUUAAGAAGUUUAAUAGAAAUAUCUUGAUUGUCAAAAAGACUUGGAUAAUCUAAAGUUAAAUGCAUCAGAACUAUUAAUUUAAAAUGAAGGAUUGUAUUCACUAUUAAACUCUUUAAAAGAUAAACAUCAAUUCGAUAUUGACAGUCAAGCUAAACAUUUUGAGCUAAUAAAUCAAAAAAAGAUUGAUGAUGAAAUAAAUAUCAUCUAGAAAUAAUUCAGGAGAGAAAUUGAAACAUAAAAUUCUAUCUCGGAUUCAUACAAAAAAAAAAUUGAAGAUUUAACCAAUGAAUGUGAGAUUAAAUCAAAGAAGCUAAGCUAAUAACAAGAGAUUAACUUAAAAUAAGAAUUAGAAAUUGAAAUAUUAAAUGGAAAACUAAUAAGAUAUCAAAAGUUAGAAUAAGAGUUAGUUGAUAUCGAUACUCUAUAUUAAUAAAAAAAUAGAUUGUGUUAAUAAUUAGUCUAAGAUAAUACAAAAUUAGGGGAAGAGUUGAAGAAUUAAAAACAAUAAAUAUAGUAAUUGGAUUCAUCAUUUAAGUUGUAAUAAAACCUUUUAGAAAAGGAGAGGAGUGAUAAUGUUGAAAGAAUUCAAUAAUUAUAAAAACAGUUAGAUGAAUUAUAAAAUGUGAACAACGAAUUUAAGAAAAAGGAGUUGGAGCAAUAAAGAUUACUAAAUAAAUUAUCAGAGUAUGGAGAUGAAAAUAUGAGAUUGUUGGAAUAAAAUACAUUCAUUUUGGAUAAAACCAAUGAUACGGAAACAUUAAGAGUUAAUUAUAAGAAUUUAGUUAAAAGAUACUAUUAGUUAAAAAGUGAAAAUGAUGGAUUAGUAUAUAGCAUAAAUUAGCACGUCACAAAUAGUGCCAUUCUACAAAGACAACUGUAGAAUGCAAUAAUUGAAAAGAAUGAAGUCAUCACCAAUCUACAUUAUACUUAGCAAUAGUUACUUAAUUUAUAAUAUUCAAUAAGUCAUUGA